UCUUUAUAAAUUCGUAGACAUAAUUAAACGAUGAAUUCGCACUGCAAUGUUAUCAUUACGCCUUUUGAACUCCGCCCAAAUAUGUGACGUCACAUAUAACGUCGCAUCGGGCAUGUGAGGGGUGUUGAUAUCCUAGCUGCUAUAUUGUUAUGCAUAUAUAUGAGUGGUAAAUUAUAGCUGCUUGGCAUUCAAAUGAUCGAUUCUUCGCUUCUAGUUAGGAAAGGAAAAUAUGCUGCCCAAGAGGAAUCUGGAAGACAGUCUUCAAGACGAGGAAUUAUCAAAGACAUUGUUUUUCAUCCGCACUUUACGGAUCAGCCUUGAAUAUUUUGCCUCGCCUAAUAUAUUGGUUUUGUAUCGACGAUAGACAUUAAAGAGGAGCUUAUUCUGAAUUUUACCAGUUCUUGAAGGAACUCAAUGACAUCGUGAACUUGUUAUCUUCUAGAAUCCAAUGCGAGUAUUUAUAAAACAACCCAAUUAAUUGAUCAUAAUACUGGAUUGUUCCCAAUAGGACAUUGCUAAUACAAAUGUACCCAGUUGACCUACUCCUUCCAAUGUCAAUAAAGGACCAAUUGUGACACUGCUCUUUCUCAGGCAAAGUAUCAUCCAGGCUUUAAGUGGACCUGGGAUUGACAGCGACCUUCUUUUGAUUUUCCCUUUUUCCGCUCACCAAAGGAUGGAUGAUUUCCAAAGAGGCUGAAUCAGAAAUGAAGCGAUGAAUGAUCUUUAGUUCUAACAAUUACUUCUGAAGGAACAAUCUUGAUAACGGUGUGCCAUCCGCCUAGGAAUCUAUCCCUAUUCACUUGCUUCGCGUUAUAUUAUGCUGAUGAGAAUCGUUGUCAAAUUCUAAAAGGAUAAAUAUCUUUACGAAUCAAUUCAAUUUCGUCCCAACUUAGGAAGUAGUUGGGAAGUGAAUUGAAGAAGUACUCCGUGACAACAUUAAAGAACGCAUCCUGUAAUUUACCUGUUCGAAUUUAACUAACAUUUUAAUGGGGAGAAGUUAGCGUGUUUCACAAAGAGUGAAAGAGACGGAUGCACAACUCUUGAAGGAAAUAUAACCAAAACGGAACGCAGAGUAUAUUCUCAGUACAUUACUUGUAAGAUCCUGUAUGUCGACCGAAGGCGACGUGGUUUAUAUACACGAGGUACAGUUGAGUAAUCUUUAUGCCAUGACUGACGGAGAUGGAUGUCCGCUAGAGAUGGGUAAUUAUUCGAUCGUAGCUUAUGCAGACGAAUAUCUUUACCCACCUGGUGAGGCGGUCCUCAUCACCAUCAUCAUGCCGAUCAUUUGGGCCAUCGGCGCCAUAUCCAAUAUUGCCUUCAUUUUCGUCGUAGUGCGCAUCCGUCGCAUGCGUACCGUCACCAACUUCUACCUCCUCAAUCUGGCCGUCGCGGACAUCAUGUUUUUGUGUUUUGCAGUUGGAGAAAAGCUGGGCCGUUAUGCAGCGUCCCCAAUUUACAAUGAUCAGUUCAACCUGAAGCCAGUCGGAUGCGUGCUCGUCAACUUCUUCGUACAGCUCUCCUUCUAUGGCUCCAUCUUUUUGGUUACUCUGGUAACCCUAGAGAAGUACUACGCAGUGUGUCGACCUGUCCAACACCGGCUUAUCAGUGGGAAUAAACGAACGAUCCGGACCAUAGCGGCGGCGUGGUUACUGGCGAUUGCUUUCGCAGCAAUCCUCAUUCCAGCGUGGGCAAACUGGACCCGGAGUUGUUUGAAUUGGCCGGAUAUUGAAAAGUACAACUCCUUACCAAAAAUAUUCGCCACCUGCCGCCCAUUGUCUGUCACGUAUGCUUAUUUCAGCAACGGUAUGCAAACAAUACCGUUUUUCGUCGUCUUGGUUCUUAACCUCCUUAUGUAUGUGUUUAUCAUACGCGCUGUUAAUACGCGCGUAGUUGCACGCGAAAAUCACCUUGCGUCAUCUGUCGCACGUAGAGUCCGGAUACGUGACCAGGUAGUGCGUAUGCUCGUUGUAAAUGGCAUCAUAUUCUUCAUUUGCCUCGCUCCGCUACAGAUCUUUUCGUUCGCCUCGAUGAUUAUCGGCAUAUUGGAGGCCGUUACGGGCAGCAGUUUCGUCAUCAAUCAUGAGGAACAGAUUCUCUGGACAUGCCGUAUCUUCUCCUACAUCAAUUCGGCCAUCAACCCAUUCGUGUAUGCAUUCACCAACCCGAGGUACCGAGAGGCAUUUAUGGAGGCAUUUGCAUGUUGUCAUUCCCUAAAACGCCAUCUGCUGAAGAAGGCAAGGGUCCAAGAGAAUGGAUCAAGUAAUGUCAGCACGGAUCAGACUGCCACCAUGAAGCGAUUCCAAAUCCGCAAGGAGUCGAUGGCCACAACCGAUUCCCAACUGUCGAAAAGUCGCUCCCCAUCGAUUAUCGCAAACGAUGUUGCAAUUUAAAUUACAUUCAGCUGCAGAUUUUUAAAUAUUCCUUGAGGACUUCGAAAUAAACAUAUACGCACACGAAUACACACUCGUCGAUCACUUCGACAAAUGUUUGACUCACUCACUUCAUUGAUGAUAUAAAAUUACGCGAAUAGAAGAAAAAAACUUCAUGCGGAGAGAGUAGUUUGUGUUGUAAAUAAGGGGGUUUUUUUUAUUGUCAUUUAUGUGUAAACGGAAAAAAAGUCAAUUUCGAUCUCAGAAUAAACGAUAAAUUUUCCUCACAAAUCACAACUUCGCGCUAUUUUAACAAGGGAUUUUUGGAAAUAUUUCAUUUUCUUACUUUUUUCGGUUUUUCGUGAACUGGUAUGAUUAGUAACUGCUGUUUAUCAAUGAUGCAUAUGAAAUUUGCAUUAAUGUCAUGAGAAGCUCGAACCAACUGCAAUUGGGCUGCUUUAAGACGGAAACGUUUGUCGUAUAG